AUGGCGGGACUCCGACGGGCUUCCUUCUGCUGCGCUCCGUUCAGAAACGAGCCAUCUCCGUCUUCUCUGGGUCGUCACAGCCGGAUUCCGAGCACCGAGCUUGCCGCUCCGCCGGGAGCUCAAAGCGCCCUCCCUCACCCCCACCGGAGUCCCGCGGUGCCCCGUCACCCGUCUGACGAAAUGCGCGUGAGAGAGAUCACGGCGGAGAUCUCCGCCCUCACCAAGCGCGGCAGAGGAGAGCAAGCAGUGGAGCUGUUCAAAUCCAUGCUCGCCGAUGGCGCCCCACGGCCGAAUGACGUGACCCUCCUCUGUGCAGUCCGCGCCGCCACGGCGACAGGCUCGGCGGAGAGCGGCGGCGGAGGAAUCCAUGCCCUCGUGAUCAAGCUUGGCACCGACGCAGUUGUCUCUGUCCGCACGGCCCUCAUAGGACUCUAUUCUUCCCUCCACGAUGGCAGGAGCAUUCUGCGGUUGUAUAAUCAGAGCAAGUCGAAGGAUCUGGUUCUGUGGAGCGCGGCGAUGUCGGCGCUGUCCAAGAACAGCCGGUCGCAGGAGGCUCUCGAUGCCUUCCGACAGAUGCUGCACUGCGGCAAUACGACGCCGAACUUCGUGACCGUCAUGGUGGCUCUGUCGGCAAGCGGAUGUCUGAAAUCCCUGUCGCACUGUAGGGAACUCCAUGGAUACGCCGUCAGGAACUUUGAGACAGAAACAAGCCUUCAGAACUCGCUGGUCGACGUGUACGCCAAAUGCGACAGGCUUGACGUUUCCAUGGUGAUCUUCGGCAGCAUGGAAGCAAGAGAUGGAGUCUCUUGGAACACCGUGAUCUGCAGGUGCACCGAGUGCGGAAGGCCGAGAGAAACGCUCAUCCUGUUCUUGAAGAUGAUGCGUUCCGAGGCUAAACCAGAGGAAAACGUCGUCAGGGUCGUACUGAAUGCUUGCUCACAGACGGAGGAGAUCGAGUUCUUGCUGGGCAUCCACUGCUACGCCGUGAAAGCUCAGGCAUCUACUUCACCCUCACUGGGGACCGCACUUCUCAGGGUGUACGCAGAGUUAAACAGAGUGGACGCCGCUCGAGCGCUGUUCGAGGGCCUCCGUCACAGGGACGUCGUCGCAUGGAGCACCAUGGUUUCCGUUUAUGAAAGGUCCGGCUGCCCACAUCUAGCACUGGAGAUGUUCAGAAAGAUGCAGUCAGAAAACGAAGAACCCAAUGAGAUCACAUUUGUUAGCUUGCUGCGAGCUUGCUCUUCGGCUGGAGCUCCCCAUCACGGCAGAGGCCUGCAUGGCCACGCGCUCAGGCUUGGGAUUUGCUCCAACGAGUUCAUAGUAUCGGCUUUGAUCGACCUGUACUGCAAACUCGGGAUGCUGAGACAGGGAAAGGCCAUGUUUGAUGCCCUAGAAAACAGAGAUCUGGUGUCUUGGAGCUCCAUGAUCAACGGGUAUGGAAUCAAUGGCCAUGGGGAAGAUGCAAUCAAAACUUACUUGGAGAUGCUCGAGCAAGGUCUGAAGCCCAAUGGCGUCAUUUUCGUCUCCCUCCUGUCUGCGUGCAGCCACUGCGGCCUUGUUGAUGAAGGCCUGAGUUGGUUUUACCAAAUGGAGGGCAUGUAUGGUGUCAGACCUGAGCUUGCUCACUACUCCUGCAUCGUAGACAUGCUCAGUCGCCAGGGGCGGGUCAAAGAAGCUCACGAGUUUAUCAAGAAGAUGCCAUUGAAGGCUGACGUGAGCAUAUGGGGGGCACUGUUCACCGGCUGCAGGGCAUCUCCCAAUGAUGUUGAGGUUGCAGAGGUCGCGGCAGGCUGGCUAGUUAGGUUAGAUCCAGGUAAUAGCAGCUACUAUGUGGCACUGUCUAACUUGUACGCCAAGCUCGGGCUAUGGAGAGAUGUCGAGAGGAUUAGACAGUCUCUUGGAGAGAAAGGACUGAGGAAGACAGUAGGGUACAGCGUAGCCUGCUCCGGGGAGCGCCAUGGGGAUCCGAAUGUGUAG